CAUUUUAUGAUAGAUUUUGUACCAAAUUGAUAUGAGCAUCAUUUCUCUUGAGAAAACAAUUUGUUUAUAGUAUUUUUUCUGUAAAGCAAAGCAAAGGGUUGAACUUGAAUAUUGUACUUAAGUUUGUAGCGGUAUAAGAUCUAAACUUAAGCUGGGGACUACUGGGAGCUCUUUCAGCUAUGAAGAUUUCUCGAUUUCCCCCAAAUUUUGGGGCUAAUCAUCUUCUUACAAAAUCUCUAAAAUCCCUUAAUCUCUGUUUAACCCAUCUCCUCAUCUUCCUAAUCUUCACACUCAGUGUCAAUUCCUACAAAAUUUCACCUAAUUUUCGCCAAAUCCCAUAUUCUAAGCACUGCAACGACGUCGUUGCAGAGACCCCUUCUCUUCACCUCACCAACCUCACUCUUGAUUUACCCACCGCCAUUUUCGCCGGCGGGGCCGAAAUUUUCGGCCACCGGAAUGGCUUUUUGGCGGGAAAGGGGGCGAGCGGGUCGGCUUGGUUUCGAACUCAUUUUGUGUAUGAUACAACAAAUGAUCAUGUAUUUAUGUUUGAGGGGCGAUUGGGGUUGAAGGGUAUGCGUGAUCAUGGUGCUUUUAGGAGGCAAUUGAGGAUGGUUAGUUAUCGGGCUCCGAAAAUCCCGGUUAGGCGUAGUCAAGCUGUGUUUCAGCUACAUGGGUUUUGGAAUGCUGAUUCUGGGAAGGUGUGUAUGGUUGGUUCUGGUGUUGGUUAUUUACGCAAUGUUAAUGUUGUUUUGAAUCUUGAUUAUCUGAAUGUUUCGAGUAUUUUUAAUAGUUUUGUUAAUGGCACGUUGCGGAAUUUGGGUAAUGUGGGUGAUAAGAAUUAUUUUAAAGGGAUUGAGAUAUUGGGUGUUUCGAUGAGGGGGUAUGAUUUUAUGUUGGUUGAGAGGGAGAAAGUAAGUGCGGUUUUUAGUGAAUAUGAUGAUUUGGGAAAUGUUUCUCUUGGUUUCGAGACUAGUAGGGAGGUGUGUUCACUGGUUUCUGGUAGUAGAGUUGAAUUGGUUUAUUCGGAUGAUUGUGGUGCUGGUAACUGUAAUGUUCUUGGUGGCGGUAGUGGGGUUGUACCGGUUUUUAUGGUCUUUGAUGAGGUUGAGUGUAUGGAGGAUGGGAGAGUUAGGUAUUUGUUAAGGUUGUUGAACUCUAGUCGCAGUACUUUUAACUCACCAUUUGAUCCUAGUACGACACUCGUUGCUGAAGGUGUGUGGGAUGGGGUUAAAAAACGAAUGGACUUGGUUGCUUGUCGGAUUAUUAAUGCUACAGGGUCUUUAAGUAUGGGUUCAGUUGGGGACUGUUCCAUAAGGUUGAUCUUGAGAGUGCCUGCUACAUUUUCAUUGAGAGAAAGGAGUGUCAUUGUUGGCCAGAUGUGGACUAACAAAAUGGUGAAUGAGUCAGGUUAUUUUGGUAGAGUCUCCUUUAGGAGCCAAGAGAAUCGACAGCCAAGACUUGGUGCUUUAAAAUAUAAGUAUGGUGAAUAUCAAAAUCUCGCCUGUCUAAAGAAGAUCAAAACAAGAAGAAAAAGAAAGACUUACCCUGAUGGGUAUUCGUCUGAUAUGAGAUUUGACAUGACAGUGAGAAAUAAGGAGGGUCAUACAGCAUGGGGUUAUUCAUCUCCAUUAUCUGUUGGUGACAAAUUUUAUGAGCAACAUCAACUUGUCAGUGACCAAACAAAAUAUGUGGUUGAUGGGAAUGGGAGUAGUUUGAUGAAUAUUAGUUAUGUGCUAAACUUCAAGAAUAGUCCCAACUUUAUGUUGGGUGCUGAAGCUCCUUUGACACCUUCUGUAGUCAUCUCGGCUGAAGGAGUAUAUGAUGCGAAUACUGGAAUGUUAUGUAUGAUAGGCUGUAGGCAUCUUUACUCAUACAAUGGGAUAAAGACUAAUAAUUCUUUAGAUUGUCAAAUUGUCGUUACCGCUGCAUACCCUCCGUUGAAUGCAAGGAAUGGUGGCAACGUGAAGGGAAUUAUUAAAAGCACUAGGAGCAAGGCAGACCCUCUACACUUUAAUAGUCUUGAGUUUCACUCGAGUUCUGUUUACACUUACGGAGCUAAACAAUCAUUAUGGAGAAUGGAUCUGGAGAUCACGAUGGUUCUAUUUUCCAAUACACUUGCUUGUAUUUUUGUUGGUUUGCAGUUGUUUCAUGUGUAUAAGCAUCCGGAUGUGCUUCCUUUUAUUUCAAUCGUGAUGCUUGUUAUUCUCACAUUGGCACACAUGAUUCCACUUUUGUUGAAUUUUGAAGCCAUGUUCGUGUCGAAUCAUAUGCGGCAGACUCUUUUUAGGGGAAGUGAUGGAUGGCUUGAGGUAAAUGAGGUGUUAGUGAGGGUGAUAACAAUGGUAGCUUUCCUGAUGGAGUUCCGUCUUCUCCAACUAACCUGGUCUGCUAGAAUUGAGGAAGAAAGCCUAAAGAAUUUAUGGGUUUCUGAUAAAAAAGUUCUUUAUUUAUCUAUACCACUGUACAUUGGUGGUGGAUUAAUUGCUUGGUUUGUCCAUCUGUUGACAAAGCCUUCCAUAAACAACAUGUUUCUGGUGCUUGAACCUGCCAACAGCACACAAAUAUCUCUACUGGGAGAACUGAAGUCAUUUGCUGGCUUGGUUCGGGAUGUUGUUUUGCUUCCCCAAAUAAUUUUCAACUUAUUCUGCGACUCUAGUGUAAAAGCUCUCGCCCCUUCCUUCUACGUGGGGAUGCCACUACUUCGUCUGUUACCUCAUGCAUAUGAUCUUUACAGGACUCAAAGUUCUUCCUGGUCCUUCACUUAUAUAUACGCCAAUCCUAGAAUGGAUUAUUUUUCAACAGUUUGGGAUAUUAGUAUAUGUUGCUUGGGUGUGGUCUUUGUUUUCAUCAUUUUCUUGCAGCAGCAGUUUGGUGGCCGUUUCUUCCUUCCCCGGAGCUACAGAGAGAAUUAUUUGUAUGAAAAAGUCCCUGCAACUGGAACUAAGUAGAUCAAGAGGAGGAAGUAUAUGAAAUUUCUCACUUGCAUACUCUUCCUUCUCCUUGUAGCUCUUCUUUAAGAUCUUUUUAAGCAUACGAGGGGCUUUAUUUGGAUGUCAUCAGGGAGGUUUUGUGAGGAAAUGUUCUUCUUUUGCCGGUGCCUUGUAUAAAUAUAAAUAUAAAAAAUAUAUAUGAUAAUUAUAUGCAUGCUAUUGGUUUCUUGUCUA